AUGGAUCUGGUUACCAAGGGCAGUGAGGUACCUCACCACUGGAUAACCAACAGGUCACCACAACCAACCAAUAACCACCGGUUAGCACCACUAACCAUUAGCAACCAUACCAAUAAGCUCACUGAUCCAAGAGAACAUGCCAUUAAUGCUCAAAGAGGACUGACAAACAGACUGUUUAAGCUUGGGGACUUCAAGCUAGGCGACAUUCUCAGCAUUCCGUACGCCCACACAGCGCUUGACAGCAAUGCCUCUGCGAACAACGGUCGUAAAUUCGUACAGGGAAAGGACGCCUUGGUCAUGUCGGAGCGCCAUCUUGCAAUGGCUGUACAUCCGUACGAGACACGUCGCGUCAAGGUGUUCAUCUUGGAAACUCAUCAGGGUCAAGGACCAUGCGGGAAGUCAGAAGAGAUCAAGCAACACACGUACAUGCUGCGGGACACGACACCAGACCCGCGGUUCCGCAACAUGGUCGCCAACGAGCCCAUCGAAGUCACGAUGGAUGAUGCGAAGAAACCCAUCGGAAUCCAUCCAAGCUUGGACAUCACCAACUACCACAUUGUAGAUAUGGACGAGGUCAUCUCGUGGGUCAGGAAAGUCAAGCGCGCCGAUGCCGAACGUCUUCUACAAGCUCACAAUGAUGCGCAGGCCAAAGCAGAUCAGGAUGAGCGGACCAGACAAGGCCUCAAUGAUGGAAAGCCGACCGAUCUCGAAGGAGUGAAGGCAGAAGAGCGCAAGCUCCAAGUGGCUAGGCGGAGAAUCAAAGAGCUUAACGACGAGAGGCGCGACUUGGUAGACGAAAACUACGACUUGAGGCGAAAUACAAGACGUCUGCAGGAUAGCAUGUCUCGAUUGGAGCGUGAGAGCGAGCGCGAAAUCGACCAAUUAAGAAGCCGAAAUGACAUAUACCGCGAUGAGAACGAUUGGCACGUGCUGAGCGUAACGGUCUGCCGCCUCGAGCGCAAGAUGACGAGACUGGGGCUAGGCAGCGUACUGGGAGGCGUCGCUAACGCUGAUACACACGACACGAGCUGA